UGUUACUGUUACAGUACAGUAUUUCUUUUUUGUUUUUUGCAACUGGAUAUGCAGAGGAAUCAGGUUGGAUGGAACCAGGCCAAUGCAUUGCCCUCGAGACCUUGCUUUUUGGGUUCAGUCCUCCAACCAUUGCUUUACACGGUCAGGACAUACCAGGACUUACCAGGACUAUUUUGCUUUUGCCAGCUUUGCUGGCAGCUAGUCUGUUACAAUGCCAAACGAAAUACUGUAAGCACUUGCUUGGAGCUGUGGGAUGUUUGGACCCAAGGUUUGUGUUCACUGAGGUACCUUUUGAUUGAUGAUGAGAAGAAGAUCGCAGCUUGCGUUGAUCCUGCCGAGGCACAUCUAGUUUUGGCCAAGGCCAAGGAAGAGAAUGUCGAAAUUGUCGCGGUCCUGACUACCCACCAUCACUAUGACCAUGCUGGAGGCAACGCAGAGAUGGCGAAGCAGGUCCCCGGCAUCAAGAUCUUUGGUGGGCGCAUUGACAAGGUUGCAGCCUGUACAGACCCUCUGGACCAUGGCAACAAGUUCACAAUUGGUUCGAUUGAGGUGCUCGCUUUGCAUACUCCUGGCCACACGAAGGGUUCCAUUUGCUACUUUUGCUGUGUGCCCGGGAAGGAGAAGGAGGGCUUGGUCUUUACCGGAGACACGCUCUUCGUGGCUGGUUGUGGUCGCAUGUUCGAAAGUACGCCCGAGGAGUUUCAUCACUCGCUGGUCACUGUGCUAGGGGCGCUUCCGCCAGAAACGCAAGUGUAUUGUGGUCACGAAUACACAGUCAAAAACUUGCAGUUCGCAACUGCAGUUGAUGGUGGCAAUGAAACUCUCAGGCAAAUGAUAGACUGGGCGCAGGAGCAGAAGGUCCAGAGAAAAUUCACAGUUCCAUCAACCAUGAAGAAUGAAUGGUUGAUCAAUCCCUUUCUCCGUUCUGGAGACGACCAGAUGAGGAGCAUUUGUCCUGGCUGCAGUCCUGUCGAAGUCUUCGCCACACUUCGCAAAAAGAAGGAUUCCUUCUAAGAGCUGACCAUUUGUCGGAGAACUCCUGAGUCUGAGCCCUGGGCUUGCCGGGCCACCUGUAUAGAGCCUUGCUAACAUGGAGUGAGGCUAGGCCUUGCACAAAGAUGCACUGGCGUAUAUAGUUCGAAAGCGGCUUGGCCACCAGGCUCAGUGGCGUAGCAGUUACACUACAAAGCAA